AUGCUCAGUGCUAAGAAACUCAUCAAGAUGGCAAGGAGAUGGCAAAAGUUUGCAGCCAUGCAGAGGAAGAGGAUUUCACUUCCAAGAAAAGGCAAUGAUGCAGACAGUUGUAGUACAUCUUCAUCCUUUAUAGGCAGAAAAGGCCAGUUUGUAGUGUAUACAACUGAUCAAAGGCGCUUUGUAAUUCAAUUGGCUUAUCUAGAAAAUGAGGUCAUUUUGCAACUUUUAAACAUGUCUGAGACGAUCGGAAAAGGCCAGUUUGUAGUUUAUACAACUGAUCAAAGGCGCUUUGUGAUUCCAUUGGCUUAUCUGGAAAAUGAGGUUAUCUUGCAACUUUUAAACAUGUCUGAGGAAGAGUUCGGGCUGCCAAGUGGAGGCCCUAUUACAUUACCAUGUGAUUCAGCUUUCCUGGACUACAUCGUUUCGCUAAUCAAGAAAGGUGCAGCUGCUGGAGAUAUUCACAAAGCAUUGCUCCUCUCGGUUACUUCAUGUUGUUGUUCAACUUCUUCUGUACACCAAGAAUGGGGAAACCAGCAGCUUCUUGUUUAUUGA